CUGUUGGUUCAUGCACAACCGAGUUGACCGCCUCAAAGAUUUCCCGAGUCCUUCCUGUUUUGACUCUCACGAGAUACAUGGCCAUGGAUCCGCCAUCAGGCACGUGUCUAUCUACACAUGGUUAUGGACCCGCCAUCACGCAUGCAUCUAUCUAUACAUCUAUGGCCGCCCGGCCUGGGCGUCUGGCUGGAGGGAAUGCCUCAUCUUCUCAGCUCAACGGCCUCUGGUGCUUUCCCGCAGUCUUUUGCCUGAGCCGCAAGGAUGCGUUUCCAACUCGUCGCCGUCCUGGCCGCUCUAGCUGCCGACGGCGUGCUGGGGACACUGCACCACCGAGCCCCAGCCGAUCUCUUUGCCGACGAGGCUCCCGCUCACGUCUGGUCUGCCUCCAAGCAUAGGCAGCUGCGUGCCAGGACACUCGCCGCCAACGUCUCGACCGGGACCAUCACCGGCCAUGUCACCACCCCCGGGCGACUUCACAACGCCACCGAGGCCGAUCUUCGCCGGGCAAGAGAGAUAGUCGAGCGCGCCAUCGAGGAGGCCAACGUCCUGAACCGCAAGCGUCUCGAGAACCCGCGCAGGAACAACUAUGGCCUGCAGGAGGGCACCAAGAUCUUUGGUCGUGACGACAGCGAGGCCUCCCCGCCUCUUCUCGUCAUCACGGACGAGAUUGCUGAUGCGGCGGCCCUUGUUGCCGAGGCUGAAGCCCUGGGCGAGAACCUCGUCGGCCUCAACGAUACUUUGGCUGCUGCCGGCGCCAAGGAGACGCGACAAGACAGCGGCUUCUGGAUGGAAUCGAUCCAGCGUCGAGGGUCGUGGCCGUGGGGUGGCAACUCGCCGGACUUCAAGGUGUUCCGUAAUGUCAAGGAUUAUGGCGCCAAGGGUGACGGCGUAACGGAUGACACGAAAGCAAUCCGCCGAGCCAUCGAGGACGGGAAAAUGUGUGGAGAUGGCUGUUACUCGUCCACCAAACAUGGCGCCAUCAUCUAUUUUCCCUCUGGCACCUACCUCGUCAGCUCCACCAUCGAGAAGCACUAUGGGACUCAGCUGAUCGGGAACCCCAACAACCGCCCAGUCAUGAAGGCGACAAGGCUCUUUGUCGGACUCGGUAUCUUCUCGACGAACAGAUACUACGGAGAUAAUAAGCAGGAUGAAGCCAAGCAAGAUCAUGCCUGGCACAUCAACACGGGCAUCUUCUGGGGCCAGAUCCGCAACUUUGUCAUCGACAUCACCCUGGCUCACCCCAAGAUCCUGAUGACCGGUCUCCAUUACCAGGUGUCUCAGGCAACAAGUCUGCAAUACGUUGACUUCAAAGCCUCGUCCGAAGCGGAGCAAAGAUCCAUCUUCGCUGAAAACGGGAGCGGUGGCCACAUGAGCGAUCUCACCUUCACCGGCGGAAAAUGGGGUAUCUAUGGCGGGAACCAGCAGUUCACUGGGCAGCGCAUUACCUUCAAAAACUGCCGUGUUGCCGUGCAACUGAUCUGGGACUGGGGCUGGACAUGGAAAUCGGUCGUCGUUGACGGCUCGUCCACGGCCUUCAAGCUUAUUUCGGAGGACAAAUCCCGCGGCAUCGGUGGUGCUCUGAUCGUCGAUUCGGUUAUCAAAAAUACCGAUACGGCAGUUGCCAUGUUCCAACCUACCAAGGAACUCGGCAAGGGCACGACUGGCCUGACGCUCGACAACGUCAAGCUGGAAAACGUCAAGGUGCUAAUUGAUGAGAUGAACGGCGACGGCGAGUCCUCGGUCCGCAAGACGCCCGUUGAUGGUGGAUCCAGGUCCAUCGAUUUUUGGGUCCUCGGCCGGACCUAUCAGAAUAAGACACUAGGGACAGACCUGAUCCAGGAGACGACCUCCCCCCGGUCCAUGGCGCUUACUGAUGGUAAUAAUCCUUUGGGUCUCCCCAAGAACCCUUAUUUCGAGCGACCCAAGCCGCAGUACGAACAGGCCUCUGCCGGUGAUUUUGUCAGCGCCAAGGCGUCCUGCAAGGGAGACGGCGUGUCGGACGAUACGCAGUGCCUCCAAAACGUUAUCAACGGCGCGGCGGGCAAGCAGAUCGUUUUUGUCGAUGCUGGCACCUACAUCCUGACCGAUACCCUCACCAUCCCUCCGGGCUCGAGAAUCGUUGGCGAAAAUUGGGCCCAGCUGGCGGCUACGGGUUCCAAUUUUGGGGAUGAGACGAACCCACGGCCGGUUAUUAAGGUGGGCGGACCGGGCCAGAAAGGCACAGUUGAGCUGCAGGACCUCAUCUUCACUUCCAAGGGAGAAACAGCCGGGGCUCUCUUCGUCCAGUGGAAUCUGGAAGCCGAAGGGCCAGGCAGGGCCGGCAUUUGGGACUGCCACAUCAGAGUGGGUGGUACAGAUGGCAGCGGACUUACAUCUCGAGAGUGUCCCCCGCUGAGGGCCGGCAUUGCUCCCGGGUGCAAGGGAGGCAGCAUGAUGAUGCACAUUACACCGAGCGGGUCAGGCUAUUUCGAAAACGCCUGGCUGUGGGUGGCUGACCACGACCUGGACGACCCUGAUUGGGACGAUGAUAUUAACAAAAUGACGCAAACGUCCAUCUACGUCGCGAGGGGGAUGCUCGUCGAAAGCACCAAGCCCACAUGGCUCUACGGCACGUCUUCAGAGCACUCCGUUUACUACCAGUACGAGUUUUACAAAGCGGCCAACGUUUUAGCAGGCAUGAUCCAGACGGAAGAACCCUAUUACCAACCGACCCCCGCGGCACCCCAGCCUUUUGAGCGUUCGAUUGGGGUGUUUCGUGGCGACCCUGAUUUCCUCUGUACCGCAAACAACCCUUGUGAUUCCGGCUGGGGCCUCCGGAUCCUUGAAUCCAGUGACAUCACGAUCCUGGGCGCCGGGCUUUACUCUUGGUUUUCGACAUACUCCCAGGACUGCCUGGCAACAUCCAGCUGCCAAAGGACUAUGGCCGAGAUCGCUCAAAACUAUGGCGAUAUCGUUAUCCAUAAUCUCGUUACUAUCGGUGCCGUUAACAUGAUGAAAACGGAUAGCGGCUUUGUCACGGCCAAGGAUAACCAGGCUGUGGAUUUCCACCCAUACUGGAGCCAGCUGAGCCGUUUCGAGGCCAGGGAGUUCAAAAAGCCGCACAGUACUAUCGCCCUCCCCAGCAUCGGGGACGACAUCACGGACGACAUCGCCAGGCUAGAGGCGGACCUGGCCACCAGCUGCAGGAUGGUCAACUCAUGCGUCGAUCUCAACGACGGCAAGCCCGCUAACUCCAAGUGCCAGUCUGACGAAACCAUGGUCGGCUACGACCUGGCGGGCUGCUCCGCCCUCGGAACGAUAUCCGCGAAGCCCAUCUGCUGCAAGUCCAAAGUGGCGCCGGAGUCUUGCCAGUGGAGGGCCAACAUCGGUAUCGGAUCCGACUGCAACGGCCGCUGCGCCGCGGGUGAGGUUAACCUGUUCACCUCGUCGACUGGCGGCGGUUACAGGACGGACUCGGACGGCAACGCGUGCUUGCGUGGCCACAAGUCGUUUUGCUGCACGCAUCCUGGCUACGAGACAAUCACUCAGGGCUGUGCGUGGAGAGAGUGGUACUCAUGUUCGCGUGAGCCCGAAUGCCCCUCUGGUCAGGAGGUUAUCCAGCGGGAGGUCAUAUCAAGCAACGGCAUAGGAUGUGCGACCUACUCGAGCUUCUGCUGCUCGCGCAAGCAGCUCUCAAACUGCCACUGGGUGGGCCAGGGAGACUGCGCCGAUAACUCCUGCAACAACAAAGAGGUGACGCUCCUCACCAGCUCCAGAGGCGAUAGUGGGACUUCGUGUGGCUGGGGCCGUCACAAGUCGCUGUGCUGCACCCCCGAGCCCAAGAAGCACGUGCCGGUCUGCGGUAGGCCGUACUGCGACCUGCACCCCCUCGAGUGCCCGGACGACGACGGCGACGACGGGUCAGAUGACGAAGAGUUUGAGCGGCGCAAACGGACCGUCGAUGAGCGCCAGCAGGCUGCUAGGGAGCCCAAGGAGGCCACCAAUGACGACAUCGGCCGGCGGGCCUUGCUGGAGAAGCGCGGCAAAGCACGAAAAUUCGAGGCCAGGUUCCGCGCCGCAGAUGGCAUUUUACUUCUCUUGCGCCUCGUGUCACGAUCCUACUUUGGCCCAAAUGAUUCGUACGGUAACGGUCCACAACCCAAUGUGCAUCCAACCGGCCUCAGGCAAAGCCAAACCCCAGGAAGUUGUGGCAGUAUAGAGACGUUUGAUGUGCAGUCGACCAUGACCAGCGUGGGGACCGGUCCGUCAAGAUACACUGGCUACGAAAAUGAUCAUGUCGUCGAACUCCAAUACCUUCGCGACCUUUUGUAUACUGUCCUUAGCGGGCAACUGCCGAGCUUCGACGAAAACGCGCAAGACCCGGGAGACUCGGAUGACUCGGAUGACGAGGAAGAAAAGCCCGGAAGAACUCGCACAAUCAACCAUGCCAUCUUCAGGCCGUUUUGGGAAAGGGACAAUACAGCCCUCGACCCGCUCGCACUGGGGAGGGUUACGCCAGACAGUUACGAUGAUCCCAGAAAGGGCUGGAAUCCAGCCUGUGCCAACGACCGGCUGUUUGAGAUCAUGGGGUCGCGUAGGAACCAGUCUCCGUUACGUCUCGCCGACAAGAGCACCAACAACUUCAAGGGACGGUGCUUCGGGACUCUGUAUGACAGAGCCACGGACAGGAGAACAGGCAUAACAAGUCCAGUCGACAGCAACGUCCAGCAACAGCACAUGGAGGCGCUGAUCGCCGUGGGCGGGACACUGAACACCAACGCCGAGUUCAUAAGCAACCUGCGGCACGUGCUCUCGGUGUGGCGGUACCUGCACCACGACGAGGUGCUGCCCCGGCUCCAGGAGACGCGGCGGGGGCUGCGGAGGGAGAUCAACAUGAUGGAGAACUGGACGCGGCAGAACGCGCCGCCAAGGGCUCCGGGCCAGCCGGAGCAAAGCCUGGCGGGCUUCACGGCCAUCUUUGACGCCUUCGACUCAGACUACUGGGCCGAGGCCGCAGACCACAGCCGGAGGUGGAUCGAGGCCUGGGUCGCCGCGGCCAAGAACGAACUCUUGACCUACCAGAGACAGCAGGGACAGGACCACCCGGAGCGCCUCUAUAUCGAGCAGGAGCUACACGAGAUACUGAUCGAGGCGAUGCGGAUCAUUCAGGCGCCGCCUCCGAUCUAGCAGCGACAAGCUCCUCCCCCCUCAUAUACAGAUGUAGUUCUAGCGGCGUGCAGCGCGAUCAAUUCCAUUGCUGUUCAUGAGA